UUUUUAAUAAAUAUAUAAAAGUUGCAUUUUUUCUUUAUAUGUCUUCUAAAAAAGUUUCCAAAGUGCGUGCAACUGAAGCUGUUGAUACGCUUGAUUCUACUGGUCGUCAAAGACAGUUGAAAAGAGAUGAGGCUAUUCGUAAAAAAUUAGAACAAGAGUUUUCAAAAAAGAGACCCAGUAACUCUUCAAGAACACUCGGAAAGAAUAGAAGAAUAGCGGGCACAGUGUCUGCCCUGAGACCUGGCCAAGCUUUAACGGUCAAAGAAUCCAUGUUGGUGAUGGAAUCGGCUCAAUUGAUGGCAGCUAAGCGUUGCGAUUGUGUUCUUGUCAUUGAUGACGAUGACCAUCUCUCUGGUAUUUUUACAGCCAAAGAUAUUGCAUAUAGACUUGUUGCGGAAAAUUUAGAUGCACGAACAACACCUGUGAUCGAUAUUAUGACAAAAGGGCCCAUGUGUGUUACUUCCGAUACGUCUGCGACCGAGGCAUUAAAUUUGAUGGUCUCGAAAGGAUUUCGUCAUUUGCCUGUAUGUAAUGAAGAAGGUGAUAUAUUUGGCUUGUUAGACAUUACGAAAUGUUUAUAUGGUGCACUUGAAAAAAUUGAGCGUGCAUUUGGAUCUUCCAAGGAGCUCUCUAGUGCCAUUGAAGGAGUCGAGAAAGAAUGGACUGGAACACCUGCAGAAUUAACCGAAUAUUUGGAGUCUUUACGUCAACAUAUGUCCUGUCCUAAUUUAGAGUCGGUAUUAGACGGAACUCCUCCCGCUGAGGUUAAAUAUAGAACAAACGUACGAGAUAUUGCCAUCAUGAUGAAGGAAUUACACACAACGGCAGUCUUGGUACAAAAGCACCACAAUUUAGCUGGUAUUUUUACCUCGAAGGAUAUAGUUCUGCGUGUCAUUGCUGCAGGUUUGAACCCAGAAAACUGUACGGUCGUUAGAGUGAUGACGCCCAAUCCUGAUACGGCGUCACCAGAUACCACAGUUCUUGACGCUCUUAAGCUGAUGAAUGAGGGACACUAUUUGAACCUUCCUGUUUUGGACAACGGAAUUGUCAUUGGCAUGGUGGAUGUACUAAAAUUGACAUAUGUCACACUAGAACAAAUGAACGGGAUGGACAAUAGAGAGGGACCUGAAGGUGGACCCAUGUGGGGUCGAUUUUGGGAUAGUUUUAGUGCCGUAGAUCCUAUGGAAAGUAGCUCACAGUUGUCGGAUUCUUCUUCGCACAUGAAUAGCCGAUCGAUGAUUUCCAAUAAUAUAUCACCUCAACCCUCCACGUCACUUUCUCAACUGAAGAGCUAUUCAGACAUAUCUCCCAAUGAAUCAGCUAGUAUGGUGAAUUAUAACAACGAUCAAGCAUCAUCGGUUGUUAUGGAUGAGGGACCCGAUACUUUUACAUUUAAGUUUACAUCUGCAGGACAAAAGACACAUCGAGUAGUAUGUAAGCCUGCCUUUACUGAGUUGUUGGAAUGCGUCAGAGUAAAGUUAAUACCCGAACACGGAGACGAUGUUGGUGAUGAGGAGUGGUUGACAAUGUCUUAUUUAGACGAUGAAGAGGAUCAGGUCCUCAUGUCGUGUGAUGCCGAUGUGUCAGAUUCCGUGCACUUGGCUAGAAAGGUGGGACAGACUCGUGUCAAAUUGAUUGUACAAGAUCAGAAAUCAUUACAACCCCAAUCCAUCUCUCCCAGUCAAGUCACUACUGCACAACCACCACCAUUACCAGUGCAACAAACAGAAAAACCUGUUCCUAAAAAGAAGAAGGUGUUUUCUCCCCCGCCACCUAAAAAAGAAAACAGCUUGCUUUUACCUGCUGCUAUUGGAUUCUUGGGUGUCGUUAUAGUUGGUGUAUUUGCCAUUUCAAGAGUACAAAACUCUAGCAAAAACUAACCAUUUUUUUUUUU